UUUGGUAAUAAAUAAAAGGCAAAGGGUUGAUAAAUUAAUGGAACUAAAUACUAGGCAGUUUACUUUAGUUUUAGACGCACAAACAAAAGUUCUUAAACGACUUUUCCCACCUCGCUCUUACUCGAUCUGUCUCGAACUCUCCUCUUCUAUUCGAUCCCUCUGCCACGAAAACGACCCAGAGAAACACCAAACCCGAUCUGCUCUCUCCCUCAAAUCGAUCAUUUUCCCUCUCACUCUCGUCGUCCUUGCGUCGCCACUACACGCCCUGCAUUUCCAUCUUCUCUUCCUUCUAUGAACGACGAGGGAAAGGAAGAGCUGAAAGGCGACUGCGGCGGCGAAGGGAAGGCGUCGAUCGACGCGAUGACGAUGCUGGCGGCGAAGAAGUUCAGAGUUUUGGAAUCGGUUGGGGGAAAAUGAUAUACGGCAGCGGACUGUAUCGGCGGUGGCGUAGGGGUGAAACGCGCGGCAAGGGAGAAACACCAGCGCAGCGAGGGUAAGC